AUGACUAGAGUACUUAUACAUGAUUGCCAUCAAAGACUGCAACUUUACAGCCUAGAAAUUGCUCAAUCUAAAUCAUAUUUCGAGGCAAAUACUGGUGAAGCAUCGAAGGACAUUGAGGAAAGCAUUCUCAAUCAUGUUCGAAAGGUACGAGCCAAAAAGGACAAAGAAUUAUCAGUAAAAUUGGCCAAACUGAGACCAGUUCGCUCAGAUCGCUCGUCGGGCGACCUUGUCCACAACCUUUCUUCUAAAUCCCUCACCAACACACAACUUGCAGUCCUGGGACGUGGAGCCACUUUCAACACAGCAGACGCUGCACCCCCAGAGUUCAUUGCCGCUUUUAAAUCUGUUCUUCAGCUAACACAAACGUCAGAAGAGACGAAGGAGUUGAUCCGUCACAAAACCUCCUCUUUGUUAAUGCAACAUAAGAAGAGCGAAACUCUUAGCAAGGAAGAACAGCAAGCAUUAAAAAGCCUAAAAGCGGAUAAAGACAUAAUCAUCCUGCCGGCUGACAAAGGCCGUUCCACAGUAGUGCUUGACAAAUCCGAUUACCAGAAGAAAGCUUUGAGCCUACUCGACGACACGCAGUCCUAUAAACUUUGUCCAGCCAGUGAGAUGAAAAAUCUGCUUACUCAAAUAAACAAAAGCCUGGCAAACCUCAGAGCGAAUGGAACAAUCACAGUUAAAGAUUGGUUUCUUAUGAAACCCUCUGACUCUGCCACCGCGCGGUUUCAUGGUCUUCCGAAGGUACACAAAGCUAACAUACCUCUUAGACCCAUCGUCACCCUACGUGGUACUCCUGCAUACGGUUUGGCAAAAUGGAUGUUUGCUCGACUUAAGUUCCUUACAGAAGGAUCGCCAACAACAGUGGCCUCUGCUAAUCAGUUCCUUGAACGCUUAAAACAUCUGAAAUUAGAGCCAGAUGAAUCCAUGGUAUCGUUUGAUGUCGUUUCACUCUUUACCUUCAUUCCACAAAAAAUAGCGAUUGACGUUGUGAGACAACUCCUGGCUGAUCGCUACAACGAGAGAGACAAUCCCCUGAAGACUGAACAUCUGAUGGAGCUCUUACGCUAUUGCCUAAAAACAUAUUUCACCUUUGGUGGACAAAUGUAUGAACAAAUCAAAGGCACCCCUAUGGGCUCCCCCAUAUCAGGGCUGAUUGCUGAAGUGGUUCUUCAACGGAUAGAACACUUGGUGUUCACCAAGUAUCAACCAAAGUUCUGGGCUCGUUACGUCGAUGACACCUUCGCAAUUGUCAAAUCAUCUAACGUUGAGCACCUUAAAGAAUUACUGAACUCGGUUGACCAGAAUAUCCAAUUCACGAUGGAAGCCGAAACAAACAACCAACUUCCCUUCCUCGAUGUCCUUGUGCGUCGGUGUGCAACUGGACAAUUACAAACUACCGUUUUCAGAAAAGCCACCAACACAAGACAAAUACUGCGCUUCAACAGCAAUCACCCCCUCUCUCACAAACGCAGCUGUGUCCGUACUCUGUUCCAAAGAGUUGAAACACACUGCAGCACACCAGCCGACAAAAGAGUUGAACGACAAUAUCUGCAUGAUCUCUUUCGAACCAAUGGAUACCCAAGCCACUUCAUCAAGCAAAGCAAGCGCCGAGUGAACAGACGACGGCCACAAGAAGAACAACCCGAAGUCUGGAGGGCUAUUCCUUACAUUAAAGGAGUCUCCGAGGCGGUUUCAAGACUGCUACAACCCGCCAGGGUAGGUAUUGCCCACCGACCCCAGGCAACAAUUCGUCGCCGUUUGAUGCAAGCCAAAGACAUACUGCCCCCACUGAAACCUCAGCAGUUGUCUAUCAAAUACGUUGUAAGGAUGGAGACUGCAACUACGUUGGGGAAACCGGACGGAAAUUGCAGACCCGCCUACAUGAGCACAAACUGGCAACACGGAGACUAG